AUGCCAGAAGCCACCGAGCCCGGGUCGCCGUCAACGGCCGAUGCAGGCUCGACCGUCUACUUUCCAAUCGAAAGAGAGAGCCAGAUUUCGGUGCUUGCGACUUCAAUCGCUUUUAUUGUGUUGUCAACUACCGCUGUCAUACUACGCAUGGUCGCGAGGCGCAUGGCUCGCAGAACUCUUGAUGCUAGCGACUACUGCAUCAUUGCCGCUUGUGUCUGCGCCAAUGGACUACAAUCAAUCGGAAUUGUUGGUGUCAUCCAGUGCGGCGUUGGCUACCACUUUCAAGAGAUCAUAGCCAUGUUCGGGAUGGCGCCGAUCACCAAAUUUCUCAAAAUGCUUAUUGGGGUUCAAAUCUUGUGGGCAACCAGUCUGAGUCUCUGCAAGAUUUCAAUACUCAUUCUGUAUACCAAGAUCUUUUCCGUUCGAAUCAUGAUAAUGGCAUCUAAAAUGACUGCUGCUCUGAUCAUCGUAUGGGCUCUCACCACCAUUCUGCUGGGCUUCUUCAUUUGUCGGCCUUUUGCCCUCAACUGGGAGCCGACCCUGGAUGGCAGCUGUGGCAACCAAGUUCUAUCGUAUCUCGUUACCGGAACGUUGAACUUGGUCACGGAUCUGAUCGUGCUGGUGCUACCACUAUCAUACCUGUGGAACCUUCACCUUCGACUGUACAAGAAGCUGGUUCUAAUAGCCACCUUCUCGAUGGGAAUAUUCACAUGUGUGAUCUCCGCAAUGCGCCUCGUCUCUCUUACGUCUCUCGAUUAUAACGACAUAACCUUCAACAUUCCCCACGCGCUGAUAUUCGGGAGUCUGGAGCCAAGCGUUGGUGUCAUUGUCGCCUGUGUUCCUCUUCUGAGGCCUUUGUUGGGCCGAUCCCAAUACUCGAGCACGGGCACUGCAAGAUAUCCCGAGCGCACAACUAACGAUAAUUCUCGAUUGAGAGCUGCCACGGGGCCCCAAAAGCAGGGGUUUACGAUGAUGGAUGAUGGGUCAUCCCAGCAUGAGCUUCGUACCGUAGCGCCAGAAAACGGCACCGCCAGCUCGAUUAAUACCAAAGGAAGUGACGGUGUUAGCGGUCUGGAUGGCGAGAGACUAUGA